UCUCACGCAGCUUCCUGUUGAAGACGUGGCUCCGGGACUGCCAUAUUGUGUGGAGGACCGUCAGAGGCCAAUCAGCAAGACAGGCCCCGUACCCGGCUCUGAUUCCCGCAACCAUGGUGCUGCUCGCUGCUGCAGUAUGUACGAAGGUGGGCAAGGCCAUAGUAUCACGACAAUUCGUGGAAAUGACUCGCACUCGCAUUGAAGGACUUUUGGCAGCUUUCCCAAAACUAAUGAAUACAGGAAAACAGCACACCUUUGUGGAGACCGAAAGUGUACGUUAUGUCUACCAGCCCAUGGAAAAGCUAUACAUGGUUCUCAUCACCACCAAGAACAGCAACAUCCUAGAGGACCUAGAGACCCUCCGACUUUUCUCCAGAGUGAUUCCAGAGUACUGUAGAGCUUUGGAGGAGACCGAGAUCUCUGAUCACUGUUUUGAUCUAAUAUUUGCAUUUGAUGAAAUUGUGGCUUUGGGAUAUAGAGAAAAUGUGAACUUGGCCCAGAUAAGAACAUUCACAGAGAUGGACUCGCAUGAAGAAAAGGUGUUCCGAGCAGUCAGAGAGACCCAAGAGCGAGAGGCAAAGGCAGAGAUGAGACGUAAAGCAAAAGAGUUGCAGCAGGCUAGGAGGGAUGCAGAGCGUCAGGGCAAAAAGCCUCCGGGGUUCGGAGGGUUCGGAAGUUCUGGCGGUUCCUCUAUGUCCAGCAAUGCUGCAGCGUUGAUAACAGAAAAUAUAAUGGAGCCAGAGAAAACAAAGGCUGCUUCCUUACCCACCAGGCCUUCUGGCAUCAACAAAGCCCUGAAACUUGGGGCCAAAGGAAAGGAAGUAGAUAAUUUUGUAGACAAGCUCAAAUCUGAAGGAGAGACCAUUGUUAACCAGUCUUCAAGCAUGAGACCAUCAGAAGCAGCAAAAGUCUUGCCCCCACCUGCCAACUUAGAGAGUGUUCAUUUGAAGGUUGAAGAGAAAAUAUCUUUAACCUGCAGCAGGGAUGGAGGGUUGCAGAAUAUGGAAGUCCACGGUCUCAUUAUGCUCAGAGUGUCUGAUGAGAAGUUCGGAAGGAUUCGUGUGCACGUUGACAAUGAAGACAAGAAAGGGGUGCAACUUCAGACUCAUCCCAAUGUGGACAAAAAACUCUUCACAUCAGACUCCUUGAUCGGACUGAAAAAUCCAGAAAAAUCUUUCCCCAUUAAUAGUGAUGUUGGGGUCUUAAAAUGGCGGCUACAGACAACCGAUGAAGCCUUGAUACCUCUAACCAUUAACUGCUGGCCUUCAGAGAGUGGGAACGGUUGUGAUGUAAAUAUAGAGUAUGAACUUCAAGAGGACAAACUUGAGCUGAAUGAUGUGGUUAUUACAAUCCCAUUGCCGUCCGGCGUAGGGGCUCCACUAAUUGGAGACAUAGAUGGAGACUACCACCAUGAUAGCCGAAGGAAUACACUAGAGUGGACUCUGCCGGUUAUUGACUCCAAAAACAAGUCCGGAAGUCUGGAGUUCAGCAUCGCUGGUCACCCCAAUGACUUCUUCCCAGUGACAGUGUCAUUUGUAUCCAAGAAGAACUACUGCAGCCUACAGGUGACCAAAGUGACUCAAGUGGAUGGUAACAGUCCUGUGAGGUAUUCUAUGGAGACUGCUUUCCUGGUGGAUAAAUAUGAAAUCCUGUAACCAGCUCCCAGAAUGAGGUUUUAUCGGCUGCAAAUUUUUCUUUCAAAAUAAAAUAAAAGCGUCAUAAGGGUUUUUCUUUAUGUCUUGCACUUUACAGGCAUGCAGAAACCCCAUAAAAACUUUUCUGCAGAUCAUACUCACUCCUACAGAGCUGGGAGCCAGAUUUGUGUUCCUUGUUUUCAUUUUUUUUUGUUUUUGUUUUUAUUCCUUGCUUGCAAAAGGGGACGAUCAAUGUAAAUUGUCCUGUGGCAGCAAAAGAAGAAUAAUUUAUAUACCUAGGCCUGUUAGUAACUAGUUUCUCCAUAUUCUGGAAUACUCUAAUUUUUAUGGGUUGGUCGUCAUUUAGCCAAUUUAUUUUUUGGAGGCAAAUUGAGCAUUUUUUUUUUGUGGGCAAAGGGAAGAUGUGGGCACACCUAGUGAUGUUGCGGGGAGUGAUUGAGGAAGGGAUGGACAGGACAUGUUUUUUUUUUGUAAUCCUGUAUAAGUACUUAGAGAAUACUCACAUUCCGUAACACAGAAACGUUGUUCUGUAACCAAAUAAAUGAGUUGAGAAUGGAA